AUGGAGACCAGGGAGGAAAAAUCUGCAUGGCAGAACCUUGUGAAAGAGGCCGUUUUGAGUGAUUCUAGUGCACAGGAAUCCAACAGGGAAGAAAAACCUCAGACAUCCCACAUGAGGAGGGGCUGCAAACCCAGCCCAGGGUGCUCUGAAGAAGAAAGACCCACCCUGAGCCAGGAAGGUGGACAGAGCUUCAGCCAGAGUUCCGAGCUGGUGGCCCAUGAGCAGCUUCAUGAUGGGGAGAAACCCCACAAGGGCUUGGAGUGGGGGAAGAGCUUCAGACAGAGCAGCACCCUGAUCUGCCACCACAUGAUCCACACUGGGGAAUGGCCUUACGAAUGUGGGGAAUGUGGGAAGGGCUUCAGCUACAGGUCAGAACUCAUCAGGCACCAACGCAUCCACACUGGGGAGAGGCCCUACGAGUGUGGGGAUUGUGGGAAGGGCUUCAGCUGCAGCUCCGCCCUCAUCACCCACCAACGCAUCCACACUGGGGAGAGGCCCUACCAGUGUCCCACAUGUGGGAAGAGGUUUCAGACCAGCUCCAAUCUCCGUCUGCAUGAGCGGAUUCACACAGAGGAGAGGCUCUUCCGCUGCCCUGACUGUGGGAAGGGCUUCAAGCAAAAGUCCCACCUCAUCACCCACCAGCGCAUCCACACUGGGGAGAGGCCCUUCGAGUGUCCCCAGUGUGGGAAGAGCUUCACCCAGAGCUCUGCCUUGACCAGACCCCAACGGAGGCACCAGUAA